UACGGGAGUUCAUUUUAUCUGAACUAUUUGGCCCGGUGGCCAGAUCUUUGUUGUAUAGAAGAAUCCUCAAACGGAAAGAUGAUGGGAUACAUCAUUGGAAAAGCUGAAGGCCAGGGUACAAAUCAUCACGGACACAUAACGGCACUCUCAAUCGCUCCGGAAUAUAGACGGUUAUCGCUAGCAAAACGACUAACAUCACUUCUUGAAGACAUAUCGGAUUCGGUAUACCAAGGGUACUUUGUCGAUUUAUAUGUCAGACCAUCCAACAAAAUUGCUGUUAAUAUGUACGAAGGCAUGGGAUAUAGUGUUUAUAGGACUGUUAGGGACUAUUAUGGAAACCUAGGGCCGGGAAUAGAUGGAGGUGGCUCUGAGGAUGCUUAUGAUCCUCAGAGAAAAUCAGUACGGGCUAAUGGAAGGGACGUGAUAGUUAGCGCAUCUAGUGUAUCAUGA